AUGAGGUUCUUCCACGGACUACCAGCGGGACCGCUCGUCCUCGCCAGCUUUAUUUUCAGUCUAUUCUCUCCUUCAAUUGCCCAUCCUGACCACGAGGAGGAGACUGGAAGCUGCCUCACGGGACAUAUUAAAUUGGCAGAAAUAAUAUUCGGCAAGAUCACACCCUCCGAUUUUGAUACAUCAGCAGUGAGCCGACGGUUUUCACGACCGGAGAAACGUACCAGCGACCAAAAUGUUCCUAUAAUAUUCUACAGCAGCUCCCAGCAGAACCGGCGCCCAAUCAUCACAAUGGCAAAUGAUCGAUUAUCCCCCGUCGAGGCUUUAGCCAUCCAUGAGGGUAAGGUGAUCGCGGUCGGUUCUCUUGCAAGUGUACGCAAGAAAGCUGGUGACCGACGAAUCUUCCGGAAUCUACACAAACAGGUUAUUCUACCUGGCUUCGUGGAGCCUCAUUUACAUAUCAUGCUUUCGGCCCUACUUAAGGGCUAUUUCCUCGACAUCAGUCCUCUUCGGGCUCCAAGUUUUGAAUCCGCCAUGCAACAGCUCAGAGAUGAGCUUAAAACGUUGAAACAAGGAGAAUGGUUGAUCGCAUACGGUUACGAUCCAUCCCGUCUUAACUGGCAUGAUCUUUCAAAGGAAGAUCUUGACAAAGAAGUUUCUUUAACAACCCCUAUUGUCGUCAUCAAUGCCUCCGGCCAUUUAGCCUAUGCCAAUUCUCUUGCUUUCCAAGAAGUUGGUAUUACAAAAAACACCCCUAACCCGGAAGGCGGUGAAUACGCCAAAGAUCCCAAAACCGGCGAGCUUACAGGUGUCCUUGUCGAAAGCGGCGCGAUUCUUCAAUUCUCCGCGAAAGCGACACUUGCAAACCUCGGACGUACCGGAAGGGUCAAGGAAGGUCUUGCAAAAAUUCUAGGACAAUGGUUGGCAAAAGGCCUAACUACCGUUUUUGACGGUGGUUUGGGAGCAGUAACACCUCAAGACCUAGAAACUGUCGCAAAUCUCACAGAGGUAUCGCCAAUUCGAAUCCGCGCCGCCGUUGCGGAUUUCAAACCCGGCGAUGCCGAAAAGAUGCUUGGAACGGGGAAUAUGCCAGCUGGUGGUUUCAAACGAAAGGGUCUAAUAGUCAAGACCGUAAAACUCUGGUCCGACGGAUCAACCCAGGGUUUUACCGCAGCUGUUAAACAAAACUAUCUCUCAGAACACUUCCCAACAUACUUCGUAGGGAAGGAAAAAGGCGUUUUAGUCUGGCCGGAUAGUGCGAAUGUCGGAGAGUCCGCAUUUAACACAACAAUGUACGAUGAAAUGCUCAAAUGGCUAAACCGCGGAUACCAAUUAAUGAUCCACGCGAACGGCGAUCGAGCCUCCGACAUCGUUCUCGGAAACUUUGAAAAGAUAUUCAAAAAAUAUCCAAAACAUAACCCUAAACGAUCAGGUAUCAUUCAUCGGAUCGAACACUUUACUGUUACCGAGACAUCGCAGGUUCGGAAAGCGAAAGAUCUAGGUAUCGCGGUCAGUCAUACGAUGGGCCAUGUGCAUUAUUGGGGUGAUACCUUUAGGUUUGGGGUUCUUGGGAAGGAGAGAGCAGAAAGAAUCGACCCGGUCAAAGAUGAUGUCAACAGCGGGGUUAUAUAUUCGUUCAACAGCGAUAGCCCAGUCACCGACGCCGAUCCGCUUUUAUGGGUUGGAACCGCUAUCUCAAGACGUGUAUACAAAAGUAACAAUAUCCUAGGUAAAGCGCAAAGAGUUGGUCUCGAAGAUGCAUUGAAAGGAGUGACCAGCUAUCCAGCCAAGCAAAUCCUAUGGGAGAAAGAGGUUGGAAGUCUAGAAGCUGGAAAGUUUGCCGACUUUGUAAUCGUCAGUAGGGAUUUGUGGUGUUUCGAUUGGGAACGAAAGAAUACAAAUGAAAUCAAGGUGCUUGAAACUUGGAUUGGGGGUGUACGAAGAUAUUCGGCUCUAGGGUCAGUAUAA